CUGCGCGCAGGCGGAGCUGGGACAACCUUUGGACCUCGGCACCCAGACGUAACAGGGGCCCGCGACGUAAAGAUCAGGAAAUUGUUCACUGUUGAUUCCUCGCGAAGCGGUAUUACAUUUAACAUACUGAACAGGACAUCUGAUAUCUGAGCAGUUAUGUUCAGGGGCAGAACAUAUGGUCUAUUAAAAUCUCUUCACUUGAUGGAUGGCCAGCCAAGUUUGGCUUAUAAAUUUCAUCCAGCUAUUACUUCUCAUGUACAUCCCUGUCAAAAGAGGAGUGUGGAUUACAGACAGAGCUACAAGACAGGCCCAAGUAGUGCUGGAGGAAGAACACUCAAUGCUCCUCUAACUAAGGUCAUGGCAGAAAAAGAGUUGCCGGGUGUUUUGAUUCUGGAUAUAGGAGGAACUCAUGGCGUGCUAGAAGACCUUGUAGCACUUCUGAAGAAACAUUUUUGCCUUAUCACCAUGAAGGAGUUUCUUGAAAACAAAAAAGAAAUGGGAAAAAAAAUCCAAUCUAUUUUCGUGUUUGAGUGCAGGCCAACUAUUGACCAAGAGCUCCUGGAAAGCCUGCCUAAUUUAAAGGUAAUUGCAAACUCCGGGGUUGGAGUGGAUCACUUAGACUUGAGAAUGAUUUCUAACUUUGGUGUAAAAGUGACCAACACCCCGCAUGCCGUUGCUGACUCAACAGCAGACAUAGGAAUGGCCUUGAUGCUGGCAUCUGCCAGAAGACUAGUGGAAGGCUGCCAGAUUGCAAUUUCUCCAGACACAAAGUAUUUUGCUGUUGACUGGCUGGGAGUUGAAGUUACCAGGGCUACUCUUGGGAUCAUCGGAAUGGGCAAUAUUGGUUAUAAAGUGGCUCAGAGGGCCAAAGCCUUUGAAAUGAAGAUUCUCUACCACAACAGGAACCAGAGAAAAAAGGAAGAGGAACAGGCAGUUGGUGCCCAUUACUGUGAGAAGAUGGAAGACUUGCUACAGCAAUCUGACUUUGUUAUGCUGGUUGUGAACUUGACUCCCAAGACUCACAAGCUGAUUGGGAAAAGGGAAUUGGGGCUGAUGAAACCCACAGCUACUCUUAUAAACAUCAGCCGAGGUGCAGUUGUUGAUCAAGAUGCAUUGGUAGAAGCUCUCCAGAAUAAGAUUAUUAUGGCUGCUGCUCUAGAUGUGACAUACCCUGAGCCUCUGCCAAGAGACCAUCCUUUAUUAAAAUUAAAUAACAUCAUCAUAGCCCCUCACAUUGGAACUGCAACAGUCCAGGCCAUCCGUAUGAUGGCAGAGGAAGCAAUAGCAAAUAUGCUGGCUGUUCUCAAUGGUCAACCCGUUCCCAGUGAAGUGUUCCCCAGAUGAUGUAUAUCGGAUGACAUCACGAAAUCUCAUACCUGUGAAAAGACACUAUUUCCUACAGUACCACUUCUAAAUAAAUAAAUAAAACCCCGCGCUGCUUUUGUUGUCAUGAUACUGCAAAGCUGUUGGCCCACUGAGCUUACCCUGAAUUGUCAUUUUCAAUUCUGAAAAAUCAAAGAGAACAAGUAAAAGUAAUUUAUUUGAAACUUGUAAACUGAGCAGUUGUAUACUUUGAUAUCUUCAGUUCAGCAUUUCAAUUAAUACAUGUGCGUUAGUCACAGUACUUGCUACUACUUAAUGAUAAGGAAGCAUACUGAGCAGUUUGUGUAAUACUCUCAGAUAUAUUAAAGGUGGAUUGAACAUUAAUUCUCUCAGAAUUUUGACUAUAUCCCAAAACACUUUUCAGUCAAUGUUGCAAUAUUCUAUCUUGAUAUCAAAAUACUUAA